ACCCCCUAGGGGCCUCAGGAAUAGCUGUCUAAGUGAUGCCAUGCUUUCCCCAGAUUUAUCACAAUUGGCUGUCCAUUGACAUGUAGAUACACGGGAAGGACUAGUGUUCAGGGGCAAGGCUUUACUGACCAAAUGAUUUGUACCUAAAUCCAAGGAUAUUAAUUAUUGAUAUUAACAAAAUGGAUUGGAAAUCCCACACAAAAAUGGACUUAAUUCACUUCUUUUUAUUCGGAUUAUUAAUAAAUUUCGCCGUAUCUCAAAACGAAGAAAGAAUGAAUCGCAUUUCUGAAAUGAUGUCAGAAAUUGCGUCUGAAGGUAUUCCCACAAAUUCAGGUAUGUUACAGCAGCUGAUGGCGGCAAGUAAAUCAAAGACAAACUCACAGUUACCGGCUGGUGGAGUUUUAUUACAAAAGACCUUAUCUAACGCCGGUACAGCCAUUUUGCCCGCCGCCCCGCCAGCGCCUAAGAAACAGGCGAUAUCGCUACACGAUGCUUUAGCCGCGAUACAGAUGCGACUCGGUCCGUCUAAGAGACUUGCGGAAAUAUCCCGACUUCUUACCGGGGAUAAAUCCGCGAAAACUGAAGUCCAACGACAACCUCUACCAAAAAAAAUUACAAUAACCAGACCGGCAUGGCAACCCGCGCCAUCGAUACAUGUACAGAGACUAUCCACCCCUCCACCACAGAAGAGCGAGAAAAAUAAUGUUAAGACAAUUAAAAUUAGCAUUAAAAGAACUACAAAAACAACUGAAACAGGACAAUCAUCAACAAAGGUUGCCAAGCCGGCAGUGACAGUAACAGAUUCAAAACAACCAGCUCCAAAAAGUAAUGUAGCAAGUCCUCAAAUGACUCCAGAUCUCAUGAAACUGAUAGAGAGGCUGCGGUCGGGACAAAAACCGGCUGCCGCUACACCGGCUCCAGCGGCGCCACCUGCGUCUCCGGCAGUCAGUCAAGCUUCCCUAGCGGCGCUUUUGCAACAAGCCCAAGCUCAGUCUUUAUUACAAACGCAGAAGGCACAAGCACAAGCACAGGCGCAGGCACAGGCACAAGCAAAAGCGCAAGCACAGGCACAAGCACGGGCUCAAGCUCUUGCGCAGGCGCAAGCUCAGGCACAGGCUCAAGCUCUUGCGCAGGCGCAUGCUCAAGCUCAAGCUCAAGCGCAAGCAGCAGCAGCAGCAGCAAAUGUUGCAACGCCAGCAAACCCUGUAAAAAGCAAUCUGCCACCGGAACUAGCAAAGUUGUUAGCAAAUCUUCGGACUCCUGCUAAACCCCCCACUCCUGCUCCAGCAGUUCCGCCUUCGCAACCUUCAGCUGCCAAAAUAGCAGCCAUUUUAGCUGCAAAUGGUGUAACUUCUACACAAUUAGCAGCAUUGACAGGCGGAAAGGUGCCUUCUAUAGCCCCGGCUCCGAAUCCCGCGGCUAACACCAUCUUCCCAGGUUUCACAGGGGGACUUUCGGGGGCGCCUGUUAGCGGAGGUAAUUCCGGAACUUCAUUCGGUGGUGGAAGUUCCGGGGCAACAUUUGGUGGUGGAAGUUCCGGAACACCAUUUGGUGGUGGAAGUUCCGGAACACCAUUUGGUGGUAGAAAUCCAGGGGCUGCAGGUGGCAGUUCUAAUAAUAUGAAUAUGGCUAAUUUUGCGGCACUUCUCAGCGCUGCAUCUGCUGCAUCAAAGCCAGCAUCUCGUGGUCCAAGUGCGGUGGACGUUGCAGCAACUGCAGGAUUGGCCGCCGGAUCAGCCGGGGCGGUACGGAACAGCAUAUCCGACAUGAUUGACACUCAAAUGGACGUGAUGGCCGAUGUGGCAGAGGCUAAUGUAGGACUGGGCCUAAUGGGCGGUCUCGGUGGUAUGAUGGGCGGGAUGGGAGGAAUGGGCGGACUGAUGGGCGGGAUGGGAGGGAUGGGAGGAAUGGGCGGGAUGAUGGGAGGAGGAAUGGGCGGGAUGAUGGGAGGAGGAAUGGGUCGAAUGCGAGGCCUCGGAUCAAUGGGAGGAGGGAUGUUUGGUGGUCUGGGGUCUUUAGGGUUCGGUCUACUCUAG